AAAUAGCCCUAAUCCACCAGAAGACCUUGAAACACCAUGGAGAAAUUAGAGUUGUUUUUCAUUCCAACCCCACUUAUGGGACAUGCUGGUCAGCUUGUGGAGCUAGCCAGGCGCUUGGUCAAUCACUUUCAUCAUAUCACCAUUACUGUCCUUGUGAUGAAGCUCCCCAGUGAUCCAAUUGGCACCAGUUACACCAAUUCCCUCACUAACCACGACCGAAUGAAAUUUAUCCAUUUCCCUCCUAUAGAACUUGAUGCCUUUGCAGAUUGCCUAACUCCUGGCGUCUUGGCAGACGCCGUCACUGAGCGCCAUAAACCAAUUAUAAGAGAACUUAUAGCUGGUCGGCUUAAUAGGUCUGAUUUAACGCCUCGACUGUGUGCAUUGGUCGUGGACAUGUUAUGCACGUCAAUUAUUGAUGUUGGCAAGGAGUUUAGUGUCCCAGCCUACGUGUUCUUUUCCAUCAAUGCCGCCGUUCCUAGACUUAUGUUUUAUUUACAAACCCUCCAUGAUGAACAUGGUCGGGACGUAUCUGAAUUGGAAAACUCAGGAACUGCAUUAACGAUCCCAGGCUAUGACAGUCUAGUGCCUCCAUGCGUUUUGCCCUUCGUGUUUAUGAACAAGUAUUGCUGGUCUACAAGGUACAUUCGUUAUACUCGAAAGUAUAGAGAAGCCAAGGGCAUCAUAGUCAACACAUUUCAAGAGCUAGAACACCAUGCCCUCCUUUGCUAUGAUGAUAAAACACCUCCCGUGUAUCCCGUGGGUCCCCUGCUAAAGCCUGAAACACCUACUACAAACAAUGAGGUAUUGCAUUGGUUGAAAGCUCAACCAAAGUGUUCAGUUGUGCUUCUAUGCUUCGGGUCCAAGGGAUGGUUUAAACAAGACCAAGUGAGAGAAAUAGCAAUUGCUAUAGAGAGAAGCGGAUACAGGUUCAUAUGGUCCCUACGUAGACCACCAUCUGAGGACCAAAAAGGGUUCCCCGGGGAAUACACAGACUACAAUGAAGUCCUGCCAGAUGGAUUCCUAGAGCGUACAGUUGGAAGGGGAAAAGUGCUUGGUUGGGUCCCGCAGACGGCAGUGCUUGCUGACAUGGCAGUGGGAGGGUUCAUAUCCCACUGUGGGUGGAACUCCAUACAAGAGAGCCUUUGGUAUGGAGUUCCAAUAGCCACCUGGCCACAAGAAGCAGAGCAACAGAUAAAUGCACAUCAGUUGGUUAAAGAAUUAGGAUUGGCGGUGGAGAUCUCUUUGGAUUAUAACCAAUUAAACAAGAAUCAGAGUUUGGUGUCAGCCCAAGUCAUUGAGAAGGGAAUACGAGAGGUGAUGGACAGAAACAGUGAGGUUCGGGCAAACGUGACAGAAAUGAAAGGUAAGAGCCAAAUGGCACUAGAAGAAGGUGGUUCAUCAUCUGCCAGUUUGAAACGCCUUGUUGAUAAUUUCAUGUAACUAGCUCACAAAGAGACAAGUACACUCUCUAAGACACAGCAUAUGUGUAGCAUCUCCUAAAUAGACAAUAUCAACUGUAACAGACAAAAAUUCAGGGGUCAUUGCGUAAAGUAGGAAAAAUCAUUUCAAUUAUCUCUAUAAAUGUAUUAUGUUGCGUCUUA